AUGAUCGAGAUCGGCACCGCCCACCAGCAUAGAAACACAACAACAACAACAACAACAACAACAACACAUCUUCAAUCUCCUUCACCACCGCCACGUCCUACACGUUCCCCUCCCAACAUUCCCACCACCACCACUACUACUAUUACUUGUACUGUAUUACAAGAUAAUCAACAAUCCAAAGACCAUAACAACAACAAUAACACUUUACGUACACCACCUGUACGUCUCGUUCCUUCAGCAUCUGCUUCCACUCGCAUUUCAAAAAAGCUAUGGUCAGGCACCAUACAACCCCAGCAAAUGAAUCAAAGGAAUUCAUCACCACCCCAAUCAUGCGAUACCAAUUUAAGUGAUACUACUACUACUACUACUACUACUACAACUACAACUACGCCUAUUGCUACAACUACAGCUUCUACAACAACAACAAAACGACGACUCCCCAAGUUCUGGCAACAACAGCAACAUGCAACAACAACAACAACAUCUACUGACUCGGCUAAACCACCUUCAUCCAGUUUUAGUUUACGUUCUUUAAAGCAACGUGCGGAGGAAGGGGUUGCAAAACGUUCUCUCUUUUCUCAAAAAGCCAAUCCCACUUUUGAACAUGCAGCAGCCCCAUUGAACAAACAACAACAACAAUCGCACGUCGUUUAUCGUCGUCACGCCUCUGUGCCAGCUUCUGGAUGCUCCAUUCUCAAUGCACCUUCAACACUCGAGCAAUCAUUGUCACGCAUUCGCCGCCAGUAUCGACAACAAGAUACAACGAUGGCUCUUGAGAAUUUGAAGCACGUGAUCUCCUUGCUGAAUCGCCACGCAUAUUAUCGAAAGAGACUCGCCUCUCGACGCGAACGGUUCGAUUCGUUGCGUGAAGAUAAUUUGGAAGAUACGAUGAAAGAAUUAGAAUCAGCAUGCAAGACGCACCCUGUAUCCCACAUUGACAGGGUCGAUCCACAAAGGUUUACGCUCGAGUUACCGCAAUGCAUCUUGGAUGAUCCACCCCCUGAUUAUACAACGGCAUGGCCUGAACAUUUGGAUACACAAGCAUCAUGGUUCCGUCACCAUUUUGUUGGAAAGCCAUACACGACAUUAGUUCGCAAGCACCAUGCCAACGAUGAUGUCAUGGUGAUCUCGGUUGUCUAUGACGACGAUGCCUCUUCAUGUACAUGCGACUUGUAUCGUGUUAUCAUCCGAUCCAACGAUUCACAGUAUGCUGGACAUUAUCUUGUAGAAUCGCCACCCUCUUCAGCGAUGCCCAUGGCAGCUGCUCAAGUCGUUCAUAUGGCACAACCUGCUCUGGAUUUAGCAGAAUUCCAAGAAUUGUCAGUGGAAACGACCAUCCUCACGGGUAUCGAAAAGGAGCUAUUGCGCUUGGAUGAAAUUGAUGCAACCAAACAUCACAAGUUUGGCGUAUUGACGGUGCAAGAAGGACAAUCCACUGAACAAGCUUGGUUUUCUAACACUGGAUUGACACCCAAUUUGGAACGUUUAUUGGAGACCAUUGGCACACGUGUGGAACUCAGGGGUUACCAAGGAUAUACAGCUGGUCUGGAUACGAGAGCGGGUGAAUCAGGCACCAUUUCCUAUGCGUCAAGUUGGCGUAAUCAUGAUGUGAUGUUCCAUGUAGCCGCCUUGAUGCCCUUACGUACUAAUGAUACUCAACAAGUCCAUCGCAAACGUCAUAUUGGCAAUGAUAUCGUGUGUCUGGUGUUGGUGGAAGGCAAUGCCAAAUUUGAUCCAUCCAAAAUACGAUCUCAAUUUCUACAUAUUUUCAUUGUGCUACAACCCAUUCCUGGCACAGAUCAAUGGAGUGUUCAAGUGAUCCGCAACACCAAUGUGCAAACAUUUGGCCCUACUAUUCCUGAUAUCCUUGGUUCGGAUCAACUACGUGAUUUCUUAUUGUUAAAGAUGAUCAAUGGUAAAUGUGCAGCUGUCAAAUCAGAAAAGUUUGCCAGACCUAGUAGCAAAGCACGUGCCGGCAUUCUAUGCAACAUUGCCCAAAUGGUGCCAUCACCCUCAUCAGUCAACAACAACAAUAGUCCCUCUCCUUCACCACCGUCAGCUGAUUUGACGCCAACGCCUUCAAGAUCCACCUUGCUGAAAAGAGGAUUUACACGACGCAGGCGUCGUACAAGUGGCAAUGGUGGUACCACCUCUACUCAACCAGCUCUUAUUCCAGAAGAAGAUGAAGAUGAACAACAUGGCGCAUCAUCAACAAGAUCUCGUGCCCACAAUUUAGUGUCCAACAUGAUCCACCGGGGUGGUAGUAGUGGUAGCAACAGCAACAACAUCUCACGAUCCAAGACAUAUAGUCGACGUCCCAAUGCCCAGACUAGCUUGAAGAGAAACAAUACUGCCAAAACCAGUUGA